GUUAAAAUGCCUGAGUCACUCAAAGCUGAUUGGAGAGAUGGACAUUGUUCUCGUGUAAAGUCAUGCCAUCUGAGCCAUUUAAUUGGCGUCCGGCUGGCACAGAGUGGCACUCCGAAGACUCGUGAAAAGCUGUGAUUACUUUGGCUGUGUUUUGUGAAAGUACUUUUGGUUUCUUUGUGUACAUUGCGCGGACUGAUACGGCUUAAAUGCGAUACUUUAUCAAUUCAAGACGUUUUACAGUAUAAACACGGCGUUGAGGAUCUACAAGUCUCAAUGGAGCGUCUUUAGCUCCGCGUCUUUUUGAGCGACUCUUGAAGCUCUUUUAAGCGCGUGAUUUGAGAGUUUUCUUUAUUUACGUUUCUGUUGGCAGGAAUAAAUGAUCACCUCAACUAGACGAGUCUCUGCUGAUAAACCUGAAGUACAAAUCGCAUUCAGCCUCGAUGAAUCCUCAGAGUUGAAAGAUGCAGAGGAUCCCUUUCCAGCUUUCCCUGACCUUGAGCAACGCCUGCAGCCGGUGCUGCCAUGCCAGUCUCUAAAGGAGUCUGUGGAAGUGUACAAAGACCACUGCAAGAUGGCCAAUGAGUUCAACCAAGUCAAACAUGAAAUCGCCAGGCUAGAAGACCGAAAGAAAGAGCUAAUUGCAGAGCUAUUAGAAGAUGAAAAGGUGUCGAUGGAGGUCGAACGACUGGAGGAGGAAUACAGGAUACUCACGGAGGAAAACCGGAAUCUGAUCACGGUACACAGCGAACGUGCCCAGCAGCUUGAAAAUCUCCGGGUGAUCAGUCAAAAGAGGCAGGGCUCCUCGUGAUCUUUGACCUCAAUAGUCUGGCUCAUUAAUCUCCUACUUAUAAACAUCUCAGUGAUCUUUCAGUAGUUAUGUAAUGAUGUACUGAAGAGUAACGCAGAUCUUGAAUCAGCGUUCUUAGACUGAGCACUUAAAUCAGUGUAUACAGAUAUGUAAUGUAUGUUAAACCAUGGGUCCUUGAGGGCCUUUUUUUAGAGCUCAAACUUCAUGUUAUUUUCAUUUGUUGGCCUGAGAGGUCACCCAUAUUUGUCUGACACAGUGUUCUAAAUAGGCUACAGUACAGAAUAUACAACUUUUUCAUCUUAUGUGUUUUGGAAGGGUGUAUUUGUUGACAAAUGCGUUUCACUGCCUAUUGUACAGUUUAAAUUAUGUCAGUGUUAUAACAUUCAAAUUGCUCUGCUGACUAAAGAG